AUGGAUAGCGAUGACCCGACAACACCGCUUCUAGGUCGCCCAAGGGAGAACCGGAUAAGGAGAGCAGGCGCGAGGCUAUGCAGCCUAGAGUCAUGGAGGAGACGGUUUCCAAUCAGCAUCUGGUUGCCAAAUUACAGCCUGGACCACCUCUUUCGGGACAUCGUCGCCGGAGUUACCGUCGGCCUUACAUCCAUACCUCAAGGUAUAGCAUACGCGAUGGUUGCUGGCCUACCACCACAGGUCGGUCUCUAUGCCAGCAUAUUCCCCGGCUUUGUGUACAUGCUCUUCGGCAGCUGUAAGGACGUGACCGUCGGGCCCACCGCCAUACUCUCAGCGCUUCUGGCCAAAUACGUCGCCCGAUCACAGGACUUCGCAUAUUUGGCGGCCUUCCUCACCGGAUGCGUGAUAAUGCUGCUCGGGAUUUUGCAGUUGGGCUUCCUGUUGGAUUUCAUCUCGAAACCUGUCAUCAGUGGAUUCACAACGGCAGCCGCUCUACAAAUAUCGGCAUCACAGCUAAGAUCACUCUUUAGGAUAGCCGGAACAUCAGGGCACACUUUCAUUGACGCUAUAUUGAAUUUCUUCACCAACAUAAAAACGAUCCAACUCUGGGACAGCGUACUUGGUGUCGCUUCGAUAAUUUUUCUCUUGCUAUUGAAGCGGGUCAAGCCCAGCGGAAAUCUGGAGAAGGCGUUUCAGUGUGUAUUGCGCGCCAGAAAUGCUCUGUUAGUGCUCCUGACGUCAAUUCUCGCAUUUGUCCUCUAUAAACCAGACCGUUCCCCUUUCGUUUUGACAGGGAAGAUCGAGGGAGGACUGCCGAAGUUCGGCCCACCGCCUUUCUCCACCGUAGUUGGCAACACUACAAUUGGUUUCAACGAAAUGCUCGAAGUGUUUGGCGCCGAGGGCUUAGUUAUGCCACUGGUCGCCAUAUUGGAGAGCAUCGCGAUAGCCAAGGCCUUUGCGGGCAGCGCGGCGGUGGACGGCACGCAGGAGAUGAUCGCGGUGGGCGCGUGCAACCUGCUCGCUUCGUUCGCGCAGAGCAUGCCCGCCACCGGCUCCUUCACCCGGACCGCGCUGAACCACGCGAGCGGCGUGGCCACUCCCGCCGGCUCCUUCUUCAAAGCGUGCUUAGUUCUUCUGGCUGUGACUCUGUUAGCGGACGCUUUUUACUUCAUACCGCGUGCUGCGUUGGCAGCCAUCAUCAUGGUGGCAAUGAUGUCCAUCAUUGACUUCUCCAUAGUGAGGAUCCUAUGGGGGGCCAGCAAGUCGGAGCUGGCUGUGUGGGCGAUAACGCUAGUGGUGGGGGCCAGCGCGGGGCUGGAGUACGGGAUCGCAGCCGGCGCCGCCGCCGAUGUGUUGCGCACACUGGCUAACGCCGCGCGGGCCGAAUUGACCGCUCAGCCUUGCAAGGUUGGGAUUAGGGGUUUCGUGCUGGUGACUCUACCGUCGGGGCUGCAUUACAUGGCGGGGGCGCGUUUGGGGAGGAGGGUGCGCGCCUUCCGCGAGGGGAAUUCGCCUUUGGUGCUCGACGCGGCCGCGCUACAUCACCUGGAUGUUGGUGUCGCCGAGGCGUUAGUAUCUGUGAUGCUAGAGUUAGAAGAGCAAGGCAACAAGGUAGUGCUGUGGAACCUUCGCGAAAACCAUCAGCGGCUUCUUGAACAGCUGCGCCCCGAUUUACGAAGCCGUUUCUUCAACGGGCCGGCUAUAGAGCAAAGAUUAUUGGACGGUGAAAUUCAAGCUGGAGAAGGCGAUUUU